AUGUCUACUCCUGUAGAUUCCAGCCAUGAUGCAGACCAGUCUAAGACCGACCUUUACGCUCAGACUGUGAAGGAGUUGAGAAAGGAAAUGCACUCUAUCUUCAUCUGUACCAAAUGCAGAACCAAAGGAAACAUAGUGAUAGUCACCGAUCACACUCUACCUAUGGGCGAGCCACAGGCAGGGGAUUCCUGGGCUUUAAUGAUGAUUAAGAAAAAUACUCGCUAUGAGUUGCACCCUUCGAGAGAAGUGCCAGGUCUCUCUGGAAACGAGUCAGCUGCCCAAUUGAGGAGAAUACUGCAAUUGACACUCGAUGAAAAUAAAGAUUUAAGAGCAGAGCGCAGUUCUGCAGUUAAGGUGAACAUUGAACAGAUACAGGAUCAGAUACGAAGCGAGAGGCAGCAGACUAGUGAGCAAUUACGUCUAGCAGAUAACAGGAAUAAAGCGCUACACAACAAGUCUGUUUCGCUAGACUUAAAUUAUCAAAAGAUCAUGGAAGAUUUGAAGGAAGAACGGAAGAAGAAUCUUAGACUGGUAUCUGAUUUGGAAAGGUUGAGCGGAGAGCAUCAGCAACUACGCUCAAAUCACGAAAGGCUUCGAGAAACAAGCGAGAGGGUGAAGCCCCUUCUAAGCAUUGGGAUAGCCUUGAGACUGAGGUGGCUUGAGAACAUCCACUUUAUGUUCGAAGGUAACAAUGGCAGAAUGCUAGAUGGACGCAUUGUGGAGUCAGGGAAUGUCGCAGCUCAUGAUCCUAAUUUCGAAGCGGACUUUUUGCUAGCGCAGCACGGUGGUCUUUCAACUAAAUCUAUUGACCGAGUCAAUGAAAGCAUGCAACGAAUAUACGGAAAGAGACAUGUGCCAACAUCAGCGGACUCCUCGGUUCCACAUACAUACCCUUCCGCUCUGAUCUUUGUGCUGGACUGCAAGACCGCGGCUGCAAUUCAUCAAUCUCGCGAGUUCCUGGUAGACUACCCAUAUCACCAAAAGCUUCGCUUGAUUUUAAAAGAGAUGAUCGCCAUUUGGGAGCGCGCAGAAUCACGCGAAAAAUUCGAAAGCAUUGCGAGGGUGGAGGGACUACGGAAAGAGGCGGUUCACAUCUGGGAAGCUGUUAAAAUUGCAUUGAGGAAUAGCAAGCGGAGAAUCCGGCCCCCAGAUUAA